AACAACACCUUGUCCCUCCAUACACACACUCCACGUUACGUCCGAGGGCAUUGCAACAUCGCCUCUAUUACACUUGGAGCACGUGUAAAUCCCUCUUCUGUUGAUACCCGCCGUUGAUACCGAAGGCCAACCACUGAAACACAUCUCUUGAGCCCGGCCAAGUCUCCUCACCACCGCAUACGCACACGCGACACUCUCGCCUUCCGACCAACGAAACCGAUCACCUCCUCACAUCGAUCUCGCAGUCAUGGAGGCUGCGGCGCUGAAGGCGCAGCCGGUCGACACGACCAUGGAAGAUGCAGGAAAGGUGGAACACAGCUUGGGCGCAAGCGUGGACCCGCCAUCAAUAAAUUGUCUGGACGGCUGGAUCGAAUCGCUCAUGACAUGCAAGCAGCUCGCCGAGGAGGAUGUGCGAAGACUGUGUGAAAAGGCUCGCGAGGUGCUACAGGACGAGUCGAACGUGCAGCCUGUGAAAUGCCCGGUGACCGUCUGCGGUGACAUCCACGGCCAGUUUCACGAUUUGAUGGAGCUGUUCAAGAUUGGAGGGCCGAAUCCGGAUACCAACUAUCUUUUCAUGGGAGACUAUGUCGAUCGAGGAUACUUCUCGGUCGAGACGGUGACCUUGCUCGUGGCGCUGAAGAUCCGCUACCCAUCACGCAUCACCAUUCUGCGCGGUAACCACGAGAGCAGACAAAUCACGCAAGUGUACGGCUUCUACGACGAGUGUCUCCGCAAAUACGGCAACGCCAACGUCUGGAAAUUCUUCACCGAUUUGUUCGACUACCUGCCAUUGACCGCGCUCAUCGAUAACCAGAUCUUCUGCUUGCACGGAGGUCUGUCGCCGAGUAUCGACACACUUGACAACAUCCGCGCGCUUGACCGUAUUCAGGAAGUGCCGCAUGAGGGACCGAUGUGCGAUCUUCUCUGGUCUGAUCCGGAUGACAGAUGUGGAUGGGGAAUAAGCCCAAGAGGAGCUGGGUACACUUUCGGGCAGGACAUCAGUGAGGCGUUCAACCACAACAACGGUCUGACGCUGGUGGCUCGCGCGCAUCAGUUGGUGAUGGAAGGAUACAAUUGGAGUCAGGAUAGGAACGUGGUUACGAUAUUCUCAGCACCCAACUACUGCUACCGCUGUGGAAACCAAGCUGCCAUCAUGGAAAUUGAUGAGCAUCUCAAGUACACCUUGCGAGCGAUCAUGUGUACUCACUUGGUCCGAGCUGGUUAA